AGACGACGAGAGAAGUUUAUCGAACCGCCAGCCAGAAGACACGUAGAAACAACGCGUAGGUCCCGAAUAUUUAAUUCGAUUUAAAAUAUCACCGAUACUCGCGUGUGCAUUGUCUAUUUUUAUCCCGCGGCGGUGGACUUGCGACUGCGUGCACUGUUUAUUUUCUGUGUUUUAGCCAAACCGAGAAUCGAUGUGGCAUUGCCCUCCGCCUCUGCGCCGUACUUAAUUUAUUGUUCGUCAUUCGAAGCGAAGCAGAGUUUUCUACGGUCGGUUUUCGAACAUCGGAUUGUUACGUUUCAGUUUUUUGUUUACAUCGUUUUGUUCCAAGAGGUAAUUCCUGGGAUCAACGCCGGAAGUAACCGGUAAUGAGUGUUACUGGGAAAUGAACGGUAAUAUUUCGUCGUCCGGACAGUCAGAAUCGAUACCAUUGGAAGUGCAAUCAGUAGAGGUUGAACCGGAAGUGCAAAGCCCGAACGAAGGUGCCACCUAUUUCGAGUUCAUCUAUAGUCAAUCGGUGCUAUAUUUACGCGAAACGCUGGAUCAUAUCGUGUUGUUGAUUCUCAUUUAUACCUUGCUAUGCCUGGUUCUAUACAAACUUCUCUUCCAUCGAUUCGGUCGAUGGAUGAAGGUGAUUCGGAAAAGUCGCCUUCCUGCGAAUUCGAAGCGAGCGCUACUGGUCACGGCCCAUCCCGAUGACGAAUCAAUGUUUUUCGGGCCCACCAUAUUGGAGCUUCGGCGCCAGGAUUGUAGAGUCUUUCUGCUGUGUCUGUCGGAGGGGAACUUCAAUCAGCAGGGAAAUGUCCGCCGACAGGAGCUGUGGGAUGCCUGUGAGUCGUUGGGUAUCAAGCCGGAAGACAUUACACUGCUCAAUGCAACCCACCUUCAGGACGAUCCGGCACUGGAGUGGAAAACGGUCACCAUUGCCAAUCAGAUUCUCAAACACUUGGAAGCGCUGGACGCAAAUCUGUUGAUCACAUUUGACAAGAACGGCAUUAGCGGCCAUCCUAAUCACUGCGCCAUCUAUCAUGCAACCGCGUCACUCUGCCUGGCAGGGCUGGUUCCCAGCAAAUGUAAAGUUCUGACAUUGGAAUCGGUAAACCUAUGUCGGAAGUACAUUUCAAUAUUGGAUUUGCCCAUCACGUUGCUGCUGUCGACGAAUUGGUCCGUACUCAGUUGGCAAUCUCGGCUGGCCGUGCAGAAUGCCAUGCGUCUCCACCGGUCACAGAUGGUAUGGUUCCGGAAGCUUUACAUCAGGUUCUCUCGCUACAUGGUCAUCAAUUCCCUACGGGAAAUCAACCAAUCGGACGUCGAGUUCGAAAUUUUGGAUUCCUAAAUUGGGACACAAUUUACAACCACCAAGAAACAACGACGGUUAGCAAACUAGAUAAGCUUUAUCCGGAGAAUGUAGGUGAGAAUGUUUCUUCAAAAAAUUUCGAUAAAUAUUUGGACCAAGUCACAACUCAGUCUCGUUGGAAGUGGAGAGGGUGGGCCACAUUUUCUACCGAAAGCUAGCUUAAUUGCUGAACAAGUGCAAAAUUCGUACUGUCAUCACUGCAUAGUAGGAGCGUUAUGAGGGCAGGGACGGCGACGACAUGUUACAGAUGCUUUAAUGCUAGUCCUUUUUUGAUAGUAACCACGGAAGGUGUAGAACACACAAAAUGGCAUGAUACUUUUAUCACACUUAACCUAGACGUGCUAGAAAUAUUUAUUGCAAAA